AUGAAUUUAUUAGAUGAUUUAGAAAAUAAUGGGACUCAGCAGAUGGAUUUACUUAACUUUGAUCAUCAAGCUAAUGUGAUACCCAAUGUAGAUUUUUAUAAUGCAAUUGUUGUUAAUGAAUUCAUGAAUAAUCGUACUGUAGAAGUAAAAGAUGGUGAAGUCGUGAAAGAAGGAUACAUAACUAAAUACAAAUUAUAUCUAGUCAGAACUAAAAAGUUAGGAGGCGAAUGGGAAACUGAAGUUUCAAGGAGAUUUAGUGAUUUUGAAUGGUUAUACUCAGAAUUGAUUAAUAAAUAUGGAGGAUAUAUAAUCCCUGCUAUUCCUGAAAAGCAUUUACUCACCAAAGUUAACUUAGCUAGUUAUGAAUUUUCUGAAAAGAGAAGGAAAGACCUUUAAUAAUUUCUAUAAAGAAUACUAAAUCAUCACCAUCUAAGAUACGUGCCAGAAUUAAGAAUUUUUAUUGAAGAUAAAGAAAAAUUUAUUUCUCUUUUGAAAGGGGAAUUAGAAUAAAACAAAACUAUCGAAUAAAAAUGUGACAAUCUCUUACAAUCAGUCAAAACUCUGUGGCAUAGUAGUACUAUGGCGGCCAAAGGGUAAGAUCCAGCAAGGAUGUUUGAUGGGAGUGAGAAGGAUCUGACAUAUGAUGAAACACUCCUCUUAUCUUUUUCUAUGAAAGGGAACAAAUUAAAAGCAGUUGUUGAAGAACAUGUCACUACAUUAAGAGAAGAAGUCAAGACAUUGAAUGAUUAAAAUGAGGCUCUCUAUUCUUGGAAUGGUUUGGGAUCUGCAAGUGAAGAAGAUAUUUAAUAAUUUAAGUAAUUGAAGUAUAACAAUGAGGUCAGACAGACUAAAAUAAAUAGAGAGAUUGAAGACAUCGAUAGGAAAUUUAUACCCAAACUACAAAAUAGCUUAUUUGAAAUUGAAUGGGCAUUGACUGCUUGCAAAAGAAGAAGAAAUCUGUAAUAACAAUUAUUGAUUGAUCAAUAAAGAAUAGAUCAACUCAAAAUGCAAUAUACAGAUAAUUCAAGCAGAAGAGAUCUAGAAAUGGAUGUGUUGAAAACUAAAUAUCAAAAAAAUAAGGACAGAAGUGAUAAAAUGUCUAUCAUUAUGUAGGACGAACUGUUGAGUUUCAUUUCAGAAAUGAAACAAUAAUUAAAAUCCAUACUUGAAGAAUGGAGGUCCAUAAUGAAGACAUUAUCAAAAAACAUUGUUGAAGACGACAAUGAAUGAUAAUUCAAUUUAAUACUAUAUAAGUAUAAAAUAUAAGUAUUAAUUUA